AUGUCACUUGAUCUUCUUCCUUUUCUCCUUUUAAUCCUUCAUCACACCAAUGGCCAAAAUAGUCCAAAUAUUAGCAUAGGCUCUACUUUCACUGCCGGCAAUAAUUGUUCUUUGUUAUCCUCAUGCGGGGGCUUUGCUUUCGGAUUUUAUCCUGUUUUAGAUACACUUUUCCUAGUUGGAAUUUGGUUCAACAAAAUUCAGGAAAGAACACUCGUCUGGUCAGCAAAUCGUGACAGUCCAGCAGAAACUGGAUCAACUAUUAGUCUAACAAAUGGUGGCCAGCUUGUGCUCAACUAUGCUAAUGGCAAUGUUCAACAGAUUUAUAGUGGGGCUGCAAGGUUGGGAAUCAUGCAAGAUGAUGGAAAUCUUGUGUUGAGAGAUAUACCAGUUCAAAUAAUGUUUGGGAAAGCUUUAAGUUUCCCACUGAUACACUUUUGCCAGGACAAACUUUAUUAUCAGCAGCAAAACUCUAAUUCCAAUUCAAACUCAAGUGGGAAUUUGAAGUACUCUGCAGGGAAAUUCAUGCUGGAAAUGCAGUAUGAUGGAAAGUUGGUAUUAUCAGCCUAUCAUUUCGCGGACCCAGGGUAUUGGCUGAGUAGUCAAGCUAAUCAAGGAAAUGGCGAAGUGAAUUUAGUUUUCAACCAGAGGAAUGCAUUGUUGUAUCUUGAGAAAGGCCAGAAUAACACAAUUUAUUCUUUUCAAAAGAAUGUCCCAACCCCAGUUGAAGACCACUACCACCGUGCAACUCUAGACAGUUUUGGCAACUUCCAGCAGUAUGCACAUCAUAAGACUAAUGGUAGAAACUGGGUUAGAGUUUGGAAGAUCCUUUCAGAGCCAUGUAUAGUGAAUGCUGUUUGUGGGGCUUACGGAUUCUGCAGAUCAAAUGACAAUGAAACAGUUGAUUGUGAGUGUCUUCCGGGAUAUGUCUUCUUCGAUCCAUGUACUCCCAGUAACGGAUGUCAUCCCGAAGCAAUGAUCAACUUCUGUACAAAUCUGUCUGCAGCAAAUUCCAAAGUGGAGGUCGUUAAGGAUAGUGACAUACCUUACCAGGAUGUUGGGGAUUAUGAACAUUAUCCUGAUACGGAUGAGGAGGGAUGCAAGAAGCUUGUGAUGGAUGAUUGUUAUGCCAUGGCUGCUACUUUAGUCAAUAGGACAUGUUACAAAAAGAGGACUCCUAUCCUCAACGCCGGUAAAACUUCUAUGACCAAAGGUAGCAUUUCCUUCAUCAAGGUUCCCACGAAGUCAGCUAAAGAUGGCAUAUCAGCAAGAAAGAAGAAAUCCAAUACCAGAGCCCAUCUCACUGCUGGCCUUAUAACCAGCAGUUCACUUGCUGUCCUAUUUGGAGCCUUGGCUCUUUACUGUCAUCCUGCUCCUCGGAGACUCAUACGACGUAAGUGGAAUCCUGAUUCAUCGAGAAUGCAUUGUUGUAUCGAUCAGUAA